UAUUAAUUUGUACUUAAAAGUUAAUUAAUCACUCUCUAUGCAUUGAAAAUUAGUUAAUGGCACUUAAUUUUACAUACUCUACAACCUUUUUUUUUUUUUUUUUUUUUUUUGAGGACUUAUACAGAGCAUUUGGGUAGCAUUUCAAAGACUACCAAUUAAAAAUCAACUGUCAAUUUCUUCUCUGUACACAAUUGCAUGCAUUUUUAGUGGGCAUAAACUUGUGCAUUCUUUGUAUGUACCAUUUUACCAUAUCAUUUCGCGAAACUUGAUUUGCAUUAAUAAAUAUAUUACCCGUUUUUCCGCAUCACUCUCAAAAUAUACUUGUUGCACCCCUAUAUUCCUAUAACAUGGAAAUCCAUGUUGUAUUGAUAGGAGUUUACACAACAUAUAUGCAAAAAUACCAGAACAUGUUUUAGUCCAAAAAAAGAACAGUUUUUGUAGAAAAUGGAAUUGGAGCAGCAAAACAAUACACUUAGCAAUGAGAAUUUUACUACAAGUAGAGUAUGGGAAGAAUUGAAGGAGUUGUGGAAAUUAGCAGGGCCUACGAUUAUAACGGCAGUCUCGCAGUACUCGUUAGAGUUCGUAACGGCGGCGUACGCUGGGCAUUUGGGCACCCUUGAGCUUGCAGCUGUGUCUAUCGUUCAGAAUGUUAUUAAAGGUUUUGUCUACGGCCUCAUGCUUGGGAUGGGGAGUGCUCUAGAGACAUUAUGUGGACAAGCAGUAGGCGCAGGACAGUUCAAUAUGCUUGGAAUUUACAUGCAAAGAUCAUGGAUUAUUACUCUAACUACUGCCCUGCUUCUAACACCAGUAUACAUCUUUACUUCGCCGAUACUAAAGCUCCUUCGACAAGACAAACAUAUUUCGGAACUUGCAGGAAAAUACGCGUUGUGGUCUAUUCCUCAAAUGUUUGGAUAUGCCUUAAACUUCCCUAUUCAGAAGUUCCUCCAAUCUCAGAGUAAAGUCAGGGUGACAACGAUUAUGUCGUUAUCUGUUUUGGGAGUACAUGCAUUGUUGAAUUGGGUUGUAGUAAUGAAGUUUUCACAUGGGUUGUUAGGUGCUGCAAUGGUUGGGAAUCUGUCUUGGUUUCUCCUCAUUUUUGGGCAGCUUAUCUAUAUUAUGUCAGGAUUUUUCCCUGAUUCUUGGACUGGUUUUUCGUUGUUGGCUUUCUCUUUGAAGGGUUUCAUUAAGCUCACACUAGCCUCGGCUAUAAUGCUAUGCUUGGAGCUGUGGUAUUUCACAAUUAUAAUCCUCAUGGUGGGGUGGUUAAAGGAUCCAGAAGUUGCAGUUGAUGCCGUUUCAACAUGUAUGAAUUUGGAUGUCUGGACUCUAAUGAUUGCUCUAGGCUUUAAUGCAGCAGUCAGCGUGAGAGUAUCUAACGAGUUAGGAGCAGGACACCCCAAGGUUGCUAAAUUUGCUGUUCUAAUGGCAAUUUUGACAUCAGCAAUAAUAGGGACCAUUUUCACAGUCAUGAUCAUAUCAUUGAAGGACCAGUUUCCGAAGUUGUUUUCUGACAAGCCGCCUGUCAUAUAUGAGGCUUCGAAGCUUGGUUAUUUACUUGCAGCUACCAUCUUUGUUAAUAGCAUCCAGAUAGUUCUUCAAGGUGUUGCAGUUGGGGCCGGAUGGCAAUCCUUGGUCGCGUUUAUAACCACUGGCUGCUACUACUUAGUCGGGCUACCAGUUUGUGUUCUUCUUGGUUACAAAUUUAAGCUUGGUGCUCAUGGACUUUGGGCAGGAUUGCUAAUUGGUGUUUUACUUCAAACCGCGAUUUUGCUACUCAUUGCAUGGAGGACUAAUUGGAAUAAAGAAGCCAAUCAAGCGAAGAAACGAAUGAGAGCAUGGGGUGGCUCUACUGAUUCUAUGUCAACAUAAAUAGCUCAUUUAGAAUAGGUUUAACUCUAGAAUUGUAACCCGGAAACUUUUUUCUUAUGAAAUACAAAUAAAUACUUCUUAUAUUACUUAAUAUCAUAAUGGUAUGUCGCAGAAGCCAUCUUAUCUCUAUUUGCAGCAAUAAUGGUAUGUGCUGCUUAAUAUCAUAAACAUUCAAAUGAGAAACUCAGAUUCUAGCCUAGCAGU